AACACUCCCUGAUUGUCAGCUUACAAAAAAUUCUCCCACGGACCCGAUUGUCAAACUACAAUACACUCUCCUACGAACCCGACAGGCUUGCUUGGAGUUCACUUCGAGCAAGAACGUGCAGCCCAGCUCACUCUGAAAGGCCGGAGAUCGACACAAAAGAGACCACUACCUUCCACCAUGGCUUCCCUGUCCAUGGCCUCCAUGUCCAUCGCCGAGAUUGGUGCCGUCUACAAAGCACUUGGGCGCUCGGAAGCCCAGUGUGAGUACGAACAACACGAGAGUACUAAGCUGAGGGCUACGAAUGACCGUCUUCUGGAGUUGCUUCUCUCGACGCAGCAAGGGCAGGCUGGGCAGCAGUCCCAGCAACAACAGUUUCAACCAUCUCAGCAGCAGCAAGCGCCACAGCAGCACCAACAGGCCCGCGCCACCACAAGCAAUGUAGCUACAACUACCGCGCUGACGGAGCAGGUAGCUGCCGACCAUGUCCGCAUCCUCAAGCUCGAGAAGGAACUCAGUGCCACCAUGGAACAGAGAGAUCAGUUCAAGCAGCUCGCACAGCUGGGCGCGGCUCAGGGCCACCAGCCCCUUCCACGCAGUCAUCAGCCAACCCAAUCAUACGGACAGAGCUACGGCGCCUCACCUCCGGGUAGACCCGCUGUUGGUCUUGGUCACCCUGGGGCGGCCACACCAGGCCAACCACAGCACGAGGACCUCCUCUGCGACUUUGAGGAGGCGGUUCCGGUGUCCAUCCCCGAGGCUGGGAACGAUCGCGAUGGCUACCCUGAAGCCGAGUGGCAGACACAGCAGCCCCGGCCAAGUGGUCAGCAGCAGGCGUCCACGUCUGCGACUGCUGCUACGGGCGCACCAGCUGAGAGACCGGCCUUCAAGCGGUACUUCCAAGAUGACGAACCCGUCCGCGCCUCCGGCUCUACUCCAGCUGCGGAUACUACACCGAGCGCACCCCGCCCUAACCCGCCACCACCGCCGCCCCCGACUUCCUCUGCGCCGCCUACCGCACCCGCUAACGUCACCGAGACACGCACUGCGCCCUUCCGUCGUACCAGCGACGUCUACCCUUAUCCCCGCCACCACUUCCCCCGCGACAGAGCCUCGUUCUACGGCCCGCCGCGCCGUGGCCUUCCGCCCCCGCCGCCCGGCCGCGCACACCCUUCGUAUGCGGAUGUCGAGGCUCCGGCUGAUGUGCCGUCGUUCAACUCGGGCGCGGGCACGUUCGUGCCGGGCUUCUCGGAGGCGUGGUACGACGAGGCGACGGUGCCGAGGGGGCGGGCAAGAGAGAGGAGCCGCUUGUCGCCUGUGGAUUCUGGCAAGGGAAAGGAAGAUGAGACUGACGAAGGCGAUGGCGAUGAUGACGGUAGCAGCAGCGGUGAGGAAGAGGGCAGUGCUGCGGGUGAGGGCGUCCGCAGGAAGAACCGGGACAGCGUGGCGUUCACGCCUGCUCCGGAUGCGCGCGACAAGACGCUACGUACCGCCGUGCUCACGAACCUCCCCCACGCGCCCACCACUGCCAAGGACUUCCUCGCGGCUGCCACGAGCGGCGCCAACGCCGAGACGACGGGCUUCGUCGUCGCGGCGCGUGUGCUCGCCACCGGACCUGUCUCUGGCUCGCUCUCUGCCGUUGUCGAGUUCUUGAGCGCAGAGUCUGCUGCUAGCUUCGUUUCCAGGUUCGGUGACAGCAAGGCUGCUGCUGCCGCCGGGCCUGCCGCUACGCUUCUCACGACGCCGACGCAUCCGCUUGGCGCUGCGCUGUUGAGAGCGAUCGUCCGUGAGGGCGCGACCCGCGCGCUGAGUGUGCCGGCUGAGGCCGUCGCGAAGACGCAGGCUUUGCACGGCGUACUGGCUACGAUUGGGAAGGGUACUGAGCAAGGAGAGUCUGCUGCCAGCGGAGACACAACGGUCAUGUUCGAGAGCGUGGCCGCUGCGCGUGCGGCGCGUGAGGCACUGAUCAAGAACCAUGCAGUUAAGAGCUCGGAGGCCAUGUUUGUGGGAGAAGAAAUCGAGGUUGCGGUGCAAGAUGUCAAGGAUGCGAGGGCUGCGUUGGAGAACGCGGAUGUUGAGGGUGGUAGGACUGUUGUUCCGCCACCGCCAGCUGCUGUAAAUGCUGCUGCUACCUCUGCUGCAGACGAUACAGAUGACCGUAUCAUUGCCAAGAGCAGCACCGAUGGCGAUGGCAAGAAAGCCAACGACGAAGAGAAAGAACCGGAAGACGGAGAAAUCAAAGAAAUCCCAGAGUCACCCCAUCUCAUCAGCCUCCCCUCCUCCCCCACACCACCCGCACGCCCUACCACCACAGCAGCAACCACGACCAGCAGUCCCCCCACGGCCAUGCAAUCUCCGUCUGCGCGCCCUCAACAGGGCACCACUACCACGCACUACCGCACACCCACCGUCGCAGACGACGACGCUAGCGACUCCGACGAAGACUCCGACGUCGUCUCGUACGCCUCGUCUCCGCGGCGGCCGCUUGCGCGCGACGAACGCGACCGCCAGCGCUUGGCUGCUGCGCAGGGGCUGGGAAGGAGCCGCUGGGCGCUGGACUAUUAGCCGCUGGUGGUGCGCCCAUUGCGGAUAUGUGCGGAUGCAGGCGCGGAGAUACACAAAGACCCACGGACACAUGCGA